AUGCAAGUCCCUCCUUCGGAGGUCGCUACGCGACCUCCUCGGAGGGACCUUGUGUUAAGUUCGGUAGAUCACCAAGUCCAACGGUCAACAACACACCACGAUCAACUAUACUGGGACACAACAACAACAACGAACAACCCAAGAAGUUAUCUGAUGGCAUCUACUGGCUACACUCUGGCCCAUCCAGCCGAUCUCGAUGGCGAGACUAGCUAUACCUUCACCUGUGGAAAGAUAGACGCCGGGAUCGCGGUUCUUAUCGGAUCUCAUGCCCAUUUGAUCGAAUUCCCAUCGUUACUUCUGCCUCCUGGUUGUGAGCCCGGAUCAAUCGUCAGCAUCACCUGCACGCGUGAUAAUGCAGCCGAAAAAGCGCAAGCGGACUCGUUUUGGGAUCUACAGACCAAGAUCGUCGAUCAGUUCGGAGUCCAAUCACCUCAACCCCCCAACCUCCGAUUGAGAUCAAUCACUCAGACCUCAGUGACACUUGAAUGGGAUAAACUAGAGCUGGCCCAGUGUAAACUGCUUUCGCUAUCGAUUUGGAAGAACGGUCAACGUCUUGGAACCCUGCCCAAUCCACUCAAUAAUACUUCAACCAAGCUUUCAGGAUUAGAUCUCGAUAGCGAGUACACCUUCCAUCUAGUCAUGAAAACCACCGGCGGCUCAUUCAAUUCUCAACAGAUCAAAGUCAAGACUCAUUCACUCAACGAUACAUCCGGAAUCAAUGUCUGUUUUGGGGUGAUCGUACCUGAAGAGCUCAAGGAUCAGUCCAAGGAAGCUAUCCAACAACUUGAUGGCAGAUGGUCUGAUAAGAUUCAAAUCGACACCACCCAUUUCGUAUGUACGAUGCCAUACCAGCCACAGCAUGGACCCAACAAAUCCGCCCAGCCCAACACCUUUCCUUCUCUUGAAUAUCAACGCGCCCUCCAGCUAUCGAUCCCAGUCGUCCAACCCUCUUGGCUGCAAGCAUGUUUACAUGAACGAAAAAUGGUCCCCAUUGCUGCUCAUUAUCUUGGGGCUCAGCCACCUCCCCUGGGCUCUUCACCAACGACCAUCCCCUCGGCCGGCCCUAGCGGCCGUCCAAGGGCAGCUAGCAAGUCUAACAUCCAUUCUUCAACUCCGAUCUCACCCUCAAAUACUGCCGAAGCCAACUCCAGUUCGCCUGGCCCUUCAGGAGCAUCUAGUCGACAACAUGAGCGUGCCAACUCAGCUCCUACGAUUACGACCAUCUCUGACAGUGGCAGACUUCAUGACCAGAUUGAAAAACCAUCCGCUGGUCUUGCAGUGAUCAUAGAAAGCAAAGAUGGCGAUGAGGUUACAAGUCAUAAGGCCAAUGGAAAUAUGGAGGGAACCUCUUACAAUCCUGAUCAAUCAGCAUCAUCUCGUCAUGUGCGGACAGAAUCUGACUCGGAGAAAACGCUGAAACUUUCAACCUCUGAUCAGUUUCCACAAGACCAGCCCCAUGUGCCCACCCCGCCCAAAUUCUCGGCAGCUCUAUCCGAUAUCUUGAAGGAGAAUGUCGAUUCGCCUGCAGAGAAUGAUAGCAGUCCCUCGGGGCACAAGCCCAUGGAAUUUCCGAAUCCGAUGUCCCACAUUUUAUCCGAUCGACCAGAAUCAACGCCGAAUGGGGAUGAUAAAGGGGCCGAAGAGGAGGCCGAGCCCAGAUCGACCCAUCCCACCUCGAGCCCGCCCAAUAAUAAGCUGCCCGGUCAGACGAGCGGAUUGGCCGAGCAAAGCCAGCCGAGUCGGGGGAUCGUCGACGACGGCGAAGACGACCCGUUCUCCGCCGCAAGUCCGACGAUCUCUAACCCGUCGCCGCUCGGCGAUCGGCCGAGCUUCAGCCGAUCCAACUCGCUCAACCACGGCAACUUCGGAGGCCUGCUUUCUCCCGCUAGCAAUCACUUGUCGCCCGUCAUCGGACCUUCCACUGGGCCCGCUCCGUCCGCCGGCAGCGACGAGAAUCGGGCAACGAUGAUACCUGAUCAGCCGUUGGAGGAAAAGCAAGAGAUUCCUGAGGUCGACCGGUCUGUCGGCCGGGACCAACCAGCAGCCCCUUCACCUCCCUCGCCCACCGCUCUGGACUCACUUGCAUCUCCUUCAAAGACCAUUGGAGAGAAUAAGCCUCAUGCUAAUGGAGGCAGUAGUAGUGAGGUCUUCGACGAGAUCUCGAUUGGCUCAGACUCCAAUCAAUUGCCCGAUGAUGAGGACCACGAGGUGUCGGACUCCAAAGGAGAAUCCGGUUCCGGUGACACCUUCUUCUCUACCGCUUCCGUCCCCCUACAGCCUUCUCACCCUGAUCCUACCCUUCAUUCAGACCUCAUUCAGCCCCACAAUCCCGCCCUGCUUUCCGAUCUUGUCCACCCGAAUCUGCAGCAGCAGCACCAGCCUACCGAUCUCAUCACGUCGGAUCUCGUCGAACAUUCUUCGCCUUCUUCUUCGCCUCCCCCUCCUAAUCAUCUUGCCGAUUGAUCCUCUUUUUUUUAAUUUUUCAGUGUCUUCUUUUUUUUCCUUACUAAACAUUUUUGGGCUAUUUCUUCUUCCUUUUUCUGUCUCUCCUUCUCUCUCUUUUUUAUUGAAACUUAAUGGUGUCUGAAUACAAUACAAUAUUAUACAACAUAUCUAUAUAUCGAUAUAUUGAUAGAUUAUAAAUAUGCAUCCGGCUUAUUUUUCCUUCUCCCUUCUCCCUUCGUUGAUGUAAAGUCGUUAAUUCAAAUACAUUAAUUUAUUCUUAUACCUUCCUUCGUUCAUCUUUUGUUAAAAAGAAAGACCGUUUAUUUAUUUGUAAAUGACUUUUUUUAUGAGAAAUUAUUGAGAUGUUGAAAUCAAGAAC